GAGCGCGGAGAUUUAGUUGAAAUAUUUUUCUUAAUAAAACUUGCCUGUAUUAUAGAAUGAAAAUGGGAGCAACAGAUAACUUUUACAGCAUUAUUUUGCCUACAUACAAUGAGCGCGAAAAUCUACCGCUAAUUAUAUGGCUUAUCAUUGAGGCUUUUACAAAAUUAAACGAGAAGUUUGAAGUUAUUAUAGUCGAUGAUGGGAGUCCUGAUGGGACACAGGAUGCAGCCAAACAAUUGCAAGCUAUAUACGGAGAAGACAAAAUUCAACUGCGACCACGCGCGAAGAAACUUGGAUUAGGCAGCGCAUAUAUCCAUGGAAUUCAAUUUGCAACGGGAAACUUUAUCAUCAUAAUGGAUGCUGAUUUAUCACAUCAUCCUAGACACAUUCCUCAGUUCAUCAAAAAGCAGAGGGAGAGUAGUUGUGACGUAGUGACGGGUACGAGAUACAGAGGCAAUGGAGGAGUGGCAGGCUGGGACUUGAAACGGAAAUUCAUCAGUGUGACGGCCAAUUAUGUGACUCAGACACUGCUCAAUCCUGGAGUUUCCGACUUAACUGGCAGUUUUAGAUUGUACAGAAAGGAAGUGCUUGUUGACCUCAUAUCGCGAUGUACCUCAAAAGGCUACGUGUUUCAAAUGGAAAUGAUGUGUCUCGCUAGGAGCUCGGGUUACACCAUAGACGAAGUUCCCAUUGCGUUUGUUGACCGAGUGUACGGAGAAUCCAAAUUAGGCGCUGGUGAAAUUAUUCAAUUUGCGAAGGGAUUGAUGAAACUAUUCGCAACAACUUGAAUCUUGAUUUUACGUUUCAUGAAGUAAUUGUGUUAUUUAAAUGUAUAAACAUGGUAAUAACAGUAAAUGGCGUACAGUGAUCCAAAUAAUUUAAUUUAA